GGAUUGUAUUUGUAUAUGUUGGUAUAUCAAAGUAGCUGAAAUUGGGAGCCCAUAUGUCAGCCAAGUUAGUGCUCUCCAUUCCCCACAUAAAAAGAUUCCAAUGAGAAAACAACCUCCCUAACUCCUUUUUUCACACUUUUCUCCAAUCAUUCCACACUACUUAUUACAUCAUAAACCAAAGCAACCUCAUUUGAAACGAAGAAUGCCCUGCCCACUCCCAUCCCUAUAAUCGAAUUAAAAUAUGGAAAGCCCCGCCUUAUUCUCCCUCCUCCGGCGCCCUAAACAACCAUCCAAGAGCGGCGGCGGUGGCCUCCUGCGCAUGUUCAAGCUCCUCCCCAUGCUGACGACCGGGUGCAAGAUGGCGGCGCUGCUCGGCAGCCUCCAGCGGAAACCCCUCCUGACGGACAAGGCGACGACGGUGACGCUCUUCGGAUACCGCAAGGGGAGGCUGUGCCUGGCCAUCCAAGAGGACCCUCACCGGCAGCCCGUGUUCGUGAUGGAGCUGCCCAUGCUCACCACCGCCCUCCACCGGGAGAUGGCGUCGGACAUGCUCCGGAUCGCGCUGGAGACCGACACCAAGAGCCACAAGAAGAAGCUCCUCGAGGAGUUCGUGUGGGCCGUCUACUGCAACGGCAGGAAAAUCGGCUACUCCAUCCGGAGGAAGAACAUGAGCGAUGACGAGGCGCAUGUUAUGCAGCUGCUAAGGGGAGUCUCCAUGGGCGCCGGCGUCCUGCCCAGCCUCUCCGACAAGGAAUACGCCGUCGACGGCGAUUUGACAUAUAUAAGGGCCAGAUUUGAUAGGGUUGUCGGAUCCAAGGAUUCUGAGUCGUUUUACAUGAUCAAUCCUGAAGGUGCUUCUUCACCCCAAGAGCUUAGUAUUUUUUUCCUAAGGCUUCGCUGAUUUUUCAUUUAAUUAUUUCUUUUUUGGGUUUGGGUUUGGGUUUGGUUAUACUUAUACGUAAGUAACGUACGUACACUACUGAGUUUUGUGCAAUCAUGCGAGCUACUUAGAUUAUCUCUCGUUUUUCUAAUUUUCAAAUAUACUUAAUAUGGUAAGUUUCCAUUUUUUGGUUUCUA